AUGACAGAUUCUUAACCUCAACAGAGAUUUCGGGACAUUUAAUAUAAUAAAAUAGAAAUUAAGGCUAUUUCACAUACUACUGUGAAGGAAUUAAUAGGAUCAUUAAAUAAUAAGGUAUUUGAUAAUCAAUUCGAAACAAAAUAUGCGAAUCAUAUGAAUGAAAGAGUGUUUGUAUUCAAAGUGAUAUAUGAUGGUUAAGGUUGGGAGAUAAGAAGAACAGUUGGAUAAUUUAAAUAAUUAGAGCAAGACAUGGCGAAUAAUAUAUUUUAUUACAUUUUCCAAAAAAAGAAAAUAACAGGAAGUCUGGAAACAGAUGAUCCCAAAAAAACAUUAGUUCUACUUCAUAAAUUCUUGCAGAUGAUCACCUGCAAUGAGAUCAUUCCAUAAUGUGCAUUAACAUUUUUAGAAAUCUCUUGUAUCAAUUUGCCAUUCAAAAUGAAGGAAGGUUUUAUGGAAAAGAAAUCAGGAGGCAGAGCCACAACAAACUGCUGUGAAUCAUUUGAAACAAAGCUUGCGAAAUGGCAAAAGAGAUAUUUUAUAAUAACUCAGCAAUCCCUACUCUAUUUAAAAGGGCCUGAGAAGGAUAAAUGUUAAAUUAGAGAAUGUCUAAGUUUUGAUUCUGAUUUCAGUUUUUAAUACGGCAAAAAGGAGACAGGAGAUGAUAAUAAAAUUAUCAUAUAAUUUUCAUAGAGGAAAUUAAUAUUGCGUGCUGGAAGUUUGACAAUUUUCAUUGACUUUAUUUAUUCUCUAUUUAGAUCAAUUAAGGAUAGUCCGUAUACGAAAUUGCAUAGAUUUGGAUCAUUUUCUCCGAUCAGAACUUCUGAAUGCAAAUGGUAUAUAGAUGGGGAUAAAUAUUUUGAAGAUGUCUGUGAUGCCAUCUUGAAAGCAAAAUAAACAAUCUACAUAACUGAUUGGUGGCUGAGUCCAGAGAUGUAUUUAAAGAGACCUGUAGAUGUGAGGAAAUACGCUUAAUCUAGUGAGUUUCUGUAUACUAGACUUGAUAAUGUAUUGAAAUUAGCAGCUGAUAAGGGAGUCUAAGUUUUGGUAUUAUUGUACAAUGCUCUACUAUCCUUUUUAUAUAAUGACCCAAAACAUGCGAAGAUGUAAUUAGAAAGUAUGUCUCCAAAUAUUAGGGUUUUAAAGCAUCCACCUUAGAAAAUACCAAAAAUCUUUUCUCAUCAUGAAAAAAUGGUAGUAAUAGAUUAAAAAAUUGGAUUUAUGGGUGGUUUGGAUUUAUGUUUCGGAAGGUGGGAUACUUAAAAACAUCCUUUAUUUGAGGUUCAUCCUUUCGAAUAACUAUGGCCUUAAAUAGAUUUUUCAAAUUCUAGAGUUCGAGAUUUCUUUGAUGUAAGAAAUUAUGAGGCGACUCUUCUGAAAGAAAAUGAACCAAGAAUGCCUUGGCAUGACAUUGCAAUUUAGAUUUAAGGAGACACAGUAAUAGAUUUAUCUAGACACUUCGUUCAAUAUUGGAAUCAUGUGAUGAUGACCAAAUAAAAGAAGAAGAAAUAGCAAUUAAUACAUGCCAACGAUUUAAAAAUGGAAGGAUUUGUGCCUUCCAAUACUUCUAGUUUUGUUGAUUAUUCGAAUGUAGUUUAUACAGGAAGAAAAGAAUCUUUAAUUCAGAUGAAACAACCUAUACUAUUAGAUGAAAUAAAAACACAAGAGGUUUAAAUAGAAAUGAAUCAGACUAUAAAAUAAUAAGAACAAAUUGAAUCUUAACAACAAUCCAAUGCACAACAAUUUAUUCAAUAACAAUAUAAGGAUUUCCAAAAUUAUUAGAAGCAUGAAAAAAUGUUUAUUCCAACAUAAGAAGAUGAUGAAGAAGAUGAAGAUCAGAAUUAUUACAUUUUAUAAACUCAAUAAUAACAAAUUCAGAAUAAACAGAAAAGUAAAAUGAAAAUAGAGAAAUCUGAACUCAAAAAUUAAGGGAAUACUGAAGGAAUAUAAGCAAGAAUUAAUUUAGAGUUUUUCAUUCCUCACAUUGACAUAAAUUAAAAUUAAUAAAGUUGUAUAACAUAAUUGACAAGAUCAUCUUGUAAAUGGUCAACUGGUAUUAAAUAAACUGAAAAGUCUAUUUAAAAUGCUUAUCUCUCACUUAUUGAAGAUGCUAAGCAUUUCAUUUAUAUUGAAAAUCAAUUCUUUAUAAGUAACACAGCUGGCUAUCCUGUUAAAAAUUUAGUUGCACAAGCUCUCAUUUCUAGAAUCAAAGAUGCACAUGAAAAAUAAUAGAGAUUCAAAGUUAUCGUAUUUCUUCCUCUUUUACCAGGAUUUGAGGGAGAAAUUGAUCAAUCCAAUAGUGCUGUCCUAAAAGUUCAAUUGCAUUUUGAAUAUCAAACCAUGAGUAGAGGGGGCAAAUCUAUAAUCGAAUAAUUAAAAUAAGAAGGAAUCAAACCAGAAAAUUAUAUUUAAUUCUUUGGACUUAGAUAGCAUGAAUUAUCUCCUUAACCUAACUCAAUACCUGUAACUGAAAUAAUAUAUAUUCACUCCAAAUUAAUGAUUAUUGACGAUCAAAUAGCAUUAAUAGGAUCUGCAAAUAUCAAUGAUCGAAGUUUGCAAGGAAAUAGAGAUUCAGAACUUGCUAUAAUUGUUUAAGAUUAAGUAACAGUUGAUACUAUCAUGGAUGGCUAACCUUAUGUAGCAUCUAAAUUUGCACAUACUCUUCGUACUUCACUUUACAUGGAACAUUUUGAUAUGCCAUACGAAAAAGUCAUUGAUCCCUUGAAUUUAUAAUUUGAAAAAGAAUCAACAGCAUAAGCAAACAUCAACACAAGAAUGUAUAAAUAAGUCUUUGCAUGUUAUCCUCAUGAUGACAUCAGGAAAGUAUCGGAUUAUUAAGAGUUUAAAGCAAAUAAACAUCUAGAUGAAUAUGAUUAAUUCAAGUCGUUCAUUAAAGGUCAUGCUGUAAUUUUCCCGUUAUAAUUUUUAUGUGAAGAAGAUUUGAAUAUAAAAGUUACUUAAAAAGAAUAUUAUGUGCCAGAAAAUAGUUUUACGUGA